AUGCUUCGGGGACAAUUUCCGCGCCAUCUUAAAGGCACAUUGCCACAUUCUUUCUCUCGAACCUGGCCACACCUCAGCCUACUGCAUUCAGCAAGAGUGGUCACGCCUAGGGUCGGGCACACGCUGGGCUCAUUUACACCAAAGAGAACUUUUGUCGAAACUGCAGUCGCACAGACUCAAGACUUCAUCACAGCCUUUCAUUUCCUCUCCGGGACACCAUGGUACAUUACCAUCGCCCUGGUGGCCUUUGGCGUCAAUAUCAUUCGCCUCCCGUUCUUCAUACAAUCAAGGCGCAUACACCUGCGGCGCUCUGAGCUCAUGCCGCUGGCUUAUGCAUGGAAUGCUCGCAUGGUCAAUUCAACACCUCCAACACCGGGAAAGACGACGGCGCAGCUUCAAAAGGAAGUCGUAAAGAAACGUAAUAAGAGGAUGACAAAGAUCUACCGCGACCUUGGCUUGCAGACAUGGAAGCUCACCAGCAGUGUGGUCACACUUCCAUUAUGGCUUGGCGUGAUGGAAUCACUCAGAAGACUAUGUGGUGGUCCUACAGGAUUGUUGGGGGCCUUGUUUUUUCAGGACAAGGCCACUGAUGCGCCUGCCACGGCCGCGUUAUCUUCGGCUCCGACCUCGCUGGCCGAUGCUGCUUCCCCUGCAGUAGACUCGGCGUCUGCAGCAAGCUUAAGUACGAUAGCAGACGUCGCCGUUCCGGCUACUACGACGUUAGAACCGUCCCUGGCGACCGGAGGGCUUCUUUGGUUCCCUGACCUGCUAGUCGCCGAUCCGUAUCACGUUUUGCCAUGCCUUCUCUCCUUUACCAUUGCAGCAAACAUGGGACUCAUUCCGACGAGUGUAAAAGAAGCCCGGGAACUACUUGGAGGAGAGCCAUCACCAAAAGAGGGCACCAUAACAAUCAACACGAGGCAACGCUUGCGUCGCGCAGCGCUCCUUUGUUCGAUAGUCAUGGCCCCUAUCACUAUGAACUUUCCGGCGGCUUUACAUCUGUACUGGAUCUGCUCCUCAGGCAUAUCCACAAUUUUUAUGAGCAUCAUUCGUUGGCGCUUGCCAGUACCAUCGAAUCCCCAUGCAGUCCCCUGCAAAGGGCAAAAUCGGCUUGCAUUGUUGCCACGACCGGAGAAAGAGGCCGCGAGGCGUGUAGUUGUAUUUGACUGA